CCGUCUCUUUUGCUCGCUCUCUCUCUCUCCCUCCCUUUGCAUGUGUUCAGCUGCUCCAGCUGUCGGUCUCCCCACUCACUCUCUCAGGGUCAUACAGGCAGGAGUUUAAGGGACCACUUCUGAACGCCAACUCAGCCGGCAGAAGGACACACACCGGUCAGAGGGGAGAAGACCGAUCCGAAAAAGAUUCAUCUAUACCACCUGUUGGCUGCCUCUCUCAUCUCUAAAGCAACGCUACCUGUGUGACGGCAGAGUGUGUGUGUGUGUGUUUGUGUGCAUGUUUUACGCGUGUUCCCGUCCCGUCUCCCCCAAAUUAGUGCAUUAGUAUGCAGGGUGCUUGUGUGUCAAUCUUGUGCGUGUGCAUAUGUGUGUCUGUGCUCCUCCGUAGUGCUAUUUCACAGGCACCUACAGAAAGUGACACCUACACGGAAUGCACAGAUGGGUAUCAUUGGGACCAUCAGACUGAGCACUGCAAAGACAUAAAUGAGUGCGAGACCAUUCCAGAUGCAUGCAAAGGGGAAAUGAAGUGCUUCAACCACUACGGAGGCUACCUUUGCCUUCCCCGCUCUGCGUCAGUCAUCCCUGCUCCAGAGCCCCCCAUCACUCCCACCGAGACCAACCCCUGCCCUCUGGGCUACGAGGCGCAGGGAGACAGCUGUGUUGAUAUCAAUGAGUGUGAGCGAGACGAACAUGACUGCCAGCCCAGCCAGCAGUGUAUCAACACACUGGGCGCCUUCACCUGUCAGUGCCCGGAUGGUUACCGCAAGGUUGGCAUAGAGUGCAUUGACAUCGAUGAGUGCAGGUACAGGUACUGCCAACAUCGCUGUGUUAAUGUCCCCGGCUCCUUCUCCUGUCAGUGUGAACCUGGUUUCCAGCUGGCAGGAAACAACCGUUCAUGCAUCGAUGUGAAUGAAUGUGAGAUGGGUGCCCCCUGCUCCCAGAGGUGUUACAACACGUACGGCACCUUCCUGUGUCGCUGUGACCAGGGCUAUGAACUGGGCCCUGAUGGCUUCGCUUGUAACGACAUCGAUGAGUGCAGCUACUCCAGCUACCUGUGCCAGUACCAGUGUGUUAACGAACCGGGGAAGUUCUCCUGCGUGUGCCCAGAAGGAUACCAGCUGCAAGGCACCAGACUAUGCCAGGAUAUAAAUGAGUGUGAAACAGGUGAACACCAGUGUGCCGACACACAGACCUGCGUGAAUAUCCACGGACGAUACCAGUGUGUGGACGCAAACCGCUGCCAGGAGCCCUACGUGCAGGUGUCCGAGAAUCGCUGUGUGUGUCCUGGCAAUAAGCCCGUCUGUCGAGAUCUGCCUUUCUCCAUCGUCCACCGCUACAUGAGCAUCACCUCGGAGCGCUCCGUCCCGUCCGACAUCUUCCAGAUUCAGGCCACCAGUGUCUCUCCGGGGGCUUACAACACCUUCCGCAUCCGCACUGGAGACGAAAACGGAGAUUUCUACAUCAGGCAAAUCAAUAAUAUCAGCGCCAUGCUGGUGCUGGCCCGCGCUGUGUCGGGGCCCAGAGAGUACACGUUGGACCUGGAGAUGGUGUCAGUUAACCCUCUGCUCAGCUACCAGGGCAACUACCAGACCAGCUCCGCCCUCAGACUCUCCAUCUACGUCGGGCCGUACACCUUUUAAAGAAGAAGACGAAGAAGAAGAAGAAGAAGAGUGGAGGGACACAGAGAAAGAUGGAGAGAGAGGAGAGAGAGCUGAGGAGAGAAACAGAUGCAAGAAAGGGAAAUGAAGCUGUAGAACUAAAGUGGUGGAUGCCGUUCAACCAGUCACUGUGAUGUUACACUCUUAGCUUUUUGUACUUCCAAAGAAAGACACAUUUCUGUCAGUCUUAUACAGUACAGUAUACAAAUACAAUGUAGCAGUAAUGUCUCACAGAUAAAUAAUAUCUGUCAUUUUAUUUAACACCUAUCUGACAGCAUCAUUCUGUGGUCAAUGUGUCUAAAAAGGGAUUUUAUUUUCUUCACAUCUGUUCAGGGUGAUAACAGAUCUGUGUGACAUAUUUUCUGUCUGCCUUCAGGUGGAGUGAUUCACGCCCAGCGUCACUAGAUUAAUCUGUUCUCACCAGUUUACAUCCUUAUCUUCGGUUCCGCUCUGUUUGUCACCUUAUUCUUGUCAGCCCUGUUUCCUGUCGACAGACGUGAUUCAGUAACCACUCAGUUCAGACCUCAGCAGUCCUCCUCCACCCUCCACUGUUAAUUCCUAUGUCCAAGCUCUCCAUCACUGCCUUUUAUAGGUUUGUCACAUUGCUGAUUGUGUUUUUUUUUGUCUAAGAUUUAAACCUAAAUAAAACAAUAUACCUUU